UCAUUUCCGGUUUGAAGUACUGUCAGCCAGGGCACGGAGUAGCGGGGGGAGUCUCCUCUCUCAUAUGAAUACAAAGAGAUGUUAGUUAGCUUCGCUAUUUGUAAUUUCUGUUCCUAACUUCCGCUGGAACAUCUACUGAAGCCCCGUCGUGGUUUUAUCUGAUAAAUACAGUUUUAGAGAAGUCUCUGCGUUGAGCUGCUCACCGGACGAGCCAAAAUGAGUGGAGCAGCAUUUCCAUCCCCGACGGUAGAGAUGGCGGAGAUCAACCGGAUCCAGUAUGAGAUGGAGUACACUGAGGGGAUAAGCCAGAAGAUGCGCAUCCCACAGAACCUCAAGCUGUCGUCUCAAGCGCACGAAGAGCCUGGGUUUGGUUUACAGGAAGUGCCCCCCAGUGUCACCAUGCAAGUGCCGGAGAGGAUCGUGAUUACGGGAGACGCUGCCGACCACCAAUACCCGAGGCCCAGAGACCUGGACCUCAUCCAGUCGACACCCCUUGAAACCCUGUCACUGAAAACUCCACCCAGAGUCCUGACCCUCAGCGAGCGACCCCUGGACUUCUUGGAAGAGGAGAACCAAAUAGCUCCAGACACCGAGGAAGUGGUGCGACCCCAGGGACGCUUGCGGCGGGAGCGAUCCGCCAGUGAGAACGCGGCGGUCCGUCAGCUGACCCAUAACGAUUCUGCUGCAGCUUCACAGCCCCCGGCCACUAAGCAGUCACGCCCUCCCCUCCACGUGGCCGAGGAGCCCGACGUGUACAGCGCUAGCGGCGUUCUAUCCUUCCUCCAGUCCACUACACGUCGGGCCUACCAGCAGGUCCUGGAGGUCUUGGAUGAGAACCCACGCAGCAAAGCAUCACUGCGAGGGGGCUCAGCUUUGAGCUCCACCCCCCUGCCCGAUUCCAGGCUCGCGCUGUCGACGUACGAAAGCUCCCUGGAGGGGCCGGCCGAUGACAUGACGGUGGUCGACGCGACAACCCUCCGACGCCAGCUCAUCAAGUUGAACCGGAGGCUGCAUCACUUGGAAGAGGAGAACAAGGAGAGGGCGAAGCGAGAAAUGAUCAUGUACUCCAUCAGCGUUGCUUUCUGGCUCAUUAACACGUGGGUGUGGCUGCGGCGUUAAAUCGCUGCUCCUCAUCGCCGCCCCUGGCACCGCGGCAGAACAACGGCGCUCCUUAUUCAGCGUAUCAGACGUUAGCUACCGGCUCCACUCGUGUUAAAAAAACCUUCGGGGAUUUGCGAGGCCUAGAAUGCACAAGGGUCGAUGUUUUGAGUUUGUUUAUUGAAAACAUGUACAGUUUUAUUUUUCUACUCUUAUUUCAUCUUGUCCAUGUGUUUUUGUUUUUUUUUUCCUCGUUUUGCUUUUAUUCCAAACUCUGUUGCCCUGAAUCAGCUGUAAAUAUUUAUUCACGGUACCUGAAGAUGUGGGAAGAUUGUCAGACGCAGGACGGGAUCGGGCUUCAAAGCAGAAGACCCAACUUCCUCUGCGGUGACUUGUUCCGUAUUUAUCGCAGGGAGAACGUGACAUCGCCCGGGAAAUGUAAUGCUAAUGAUUAAACUUAUACCUGUGAAAGGGUU